AUGUCUCAAGUACCCCUAGAAGAUGGCGACGCGGAGAAACAGGAUGGCACUGAUGACCAUUUCCGUUCCCACGGCGGCACUCCUCGUCCUAGCCAUGAAGAGAAAGAAGGUGCAGACGGAGCAGCUGAUGGUGCCGCGGACGGUACCACCCAUCCCCCCGACAAGAAGGAGCUCAAAGAAUGGGAAUGCUACGAUAAACUGGGCUACUCAUUCCCUUCGUGGAAGAAAUGGACCAUCAUUUCUGUGAUCUUCUGCGUUCAGGUCUCGAUGAACUGGAAUGCCAGUUUUUACGCUAGCAGCAUCUCGCUGUACGCUAAGCAUUUCCAUAUCUCCGAGCAGGCGGCACGUACCGGACAAAUGAGCUUUCUGAUUGCUUAUGCCUUCGGUUGUGAGUUCUGGGCUCCUUUCAGCGAGGAGUUUGGACGAUGGCCGAUUCUGCAGAUCAGUUUGUUCCUUGUCAAUAUUUGGCAGCUUCCUUGCGCGUUGGCUCCGAAUUUUGGAACUAUCGUUGUUUGUCGGACGCUGGGAGGCCUUUCUUCUGCUGGUGGCUCGGUCACUCUCGGCAUGGUUGCUGAUAUGUGGGAGCCAGAGACUCAGCAGUGGGCCGUUGCUUAUGUUGUGUUGUCUUCGGUUGCGGGCUCCGUGAUCGCUCCGGUGGUAGGAGGAUUCGUCGCGACUUAUUUGGAUUGGCACUGGAAUUUCUGGAUUCAGCUUAUCCUGGGAGGCUUUGUGCAAAUUCUCCAUUUUCCUGUGCCGGAGUCUAGAUGCAGUAUUCUGAUCACUCGGGAGGCUCGUCGGCGACGAAAGAAUGGAGACAUGGUCUGGAGUGGCGAUGAGUUGAAAAAGAAGCGAGUCUCCUUCCGGUACCUGUUCAUGGUCUGGGCUCGCCCGUUUAUCAUGUUUCUUCGAGAGCCCAUUGUGCUGUUCCUUUCUCUACUUAGUGGGUUCAGCGAUGCCUUGAUCUUCACUUUCCUGCAGUCGUAUACGCCAGUAUAUAAGCAGUGGAGGUUCAACACGGUUGAUAUUGGGCUUGCGUUCAUUCCCAUUCUAGUGGGAUAUAUCCUUGCCUACAUCUCAUUCUUGCCAUGGAUCCAUCGUCAUUGCAGAGUCCAAGAGAGAGACCCGGAUGGCUUGCAGCCUGAAGCUCGACUCUAUUGGCUGUUAUGGGUUGCGCCUCUACUGACGAUCGGGCUGUUUGGAUUUUCCUGGACCAGUCUUGGGCCGCCCCACGUCCAUUGGAUAGCGCCAAUGAUUUUCUCAUGCUUGAUUGCCAUAGCUAACUUCUCCAUUUAUAUGGCUACAAUCGACUACAUGAUUGCAUCCUAUGGCCCAUACGCGGCCUCGGCAACAGGCGGCAAUGGAUUUGCGCGCGACUUUCUCGCAGGCGUCGCAGCAAUGUACUCGAUACCCAUGUAUCAAAACAUGGGAACAACCCACAGAUUGGAAUGGCCAUCUACAUUCUUGGGAUUCAUGGCUAUUAUCUUCACGAUCCCCAUAUAUGUUUUCUAUUUCUAUGGACCUAAGAUUCGGGAGUUGUCUCCGUUUGCGCAGACUUUGGCCGCCGACAGGAAGAAAGCUGGGCGGAGGGUUUCGCAGUGUGGUUCUGGCGACGCCGAUCCUGUUCAGCGAUAUCUGUCAGGGUCGUCGGGGUGA